AUGAUUCAGCUGCUUUUCGUUGACGUUGGUUGUGUUUUACUGUUGGAAAAGCUUGAUAACUUCUUCUCGUUUUUCUGGCUUAGGGGUACAGGCCAACGUUUGCCCAUUGACAAUGACAUUGUGGGAGAAAUCCCCAAUGCCUUCGUGCCUCCCCUCAUUUCCACCACCACCACCAUUAACAACUUUCCUGUUGUUUCUUUGGAGCCUAUUGCUCCCACACAACCACAAACAAUGUUCGGUUCUCUCCGUGAGGUUGGAACAAGUCGAGAUUAUCUCGCUUCUCCACCACGCGUAGAAAAGGAGUUCCGUUGCCUUGCUCUCUGUUCUGUUCCUUCUUGGGCAUAUGCCUGUGAGGCCAUUACUCGUGCCUGGAUGCAAGAAAACAAUGUUUUCGUUGCUUCAGUGUCUUCGGUCGUCAACCGACCAAGAAAACAGACCAACUUGGCUCCCCACGCGGUUUCUUCCCUCUAUAGGGAUAACGUGUGCUGUGCGGUUUCUUCCUCUUAUGAGGAUAACGCACCUUCUGCGGUUUCUUUCCCUUAUGGGAAUAACGCAGCUCAAGCGGUUUGUUCCUCUUAUGAGGAUAACGCUUCUUGUGUGGUUUCUUCCUCUUAUGAGGAUAACACACCUUCUGCGGUUUCUUUCCCUUAUGGGGAUAACGCAGCUCAAGCGGUUUCUUCCUCUUCUGAGGAUAACGCUUCUUGUGUGGUUUCUUCCUCUUAUGAGGAUAACACACCUUCUGCGGUUUCUUUCCCUUAUGGGAAUAACGCAGCUCAAGCGGUUUCUUCCUCUUAUGAGGAUAACGCUUCUUAUGCGGUUUCUUUCCCUAUUGGGGAUAACGCAUAUUGCGAUGAUGUAGGUGUUGCUUCGGCUUCUAUCUUGUAUCCAGCAGGUGCAACCUCUCUCGAGAGGGCUGGUCGUCAUACCUCGGUAUGUCGUCCUAGUACAGCUGGCAUGCGCCAUCGUCGUCUUCGUGCUCGACUUGGUGUGCAUAGACCUCGUCCUUCACGACGCCAUCAUUAUGGCAAACUUCGUCUUCGUGCUGCUUUGUUAGCUUGUUCUCAAGCUACAGAGACUAUGGAUGUUGACGUCGUAUUUUUGUAUCCAACAGCUGCUGAAAUGGAUGAUGUUAUCCCUGAACCUAUGGAUAUUGACUCUUUUGAGGAGUCUUUGGAAGUAGUGGAAGGUUUGACUGAACCCGUAGAGGCCGAAGAUGCUGUUGAUAAUGGGUUUUGUGUUGCUCCUGUCUCAGUUCCCGAGGCAGUUAACGAUGAUCAUGUUCCCGAUCAGUUAGUUGAGCAAGAUGCAGUGGACUUCAACGAUCUUAGCACAGAAGCUCCCUCUGAUGCUAGCGAUGAUUGUUCAUCUGUUACUGAAUAUGCUGUGGAUUCAGAUGUGGAGUCAGUUCCUGCAGAAGUAUCGUUAGAUACUUCUGAUGGCUUCAUUCCCUACAGUUUUUUCUCUGGUUCUCCCUCUGUUUCUGGUUCGGUCUCUGGUGAUGGAGACGAAGAAGAAGGUUUUUCUGUCUUGGCAGGCGUACCUUGA